CGUCACGCAGGUAAUGGUGAAAGGUGCAUUCACUGGCUGGUUUGAAUUGGAAAAACACACAAAGUCGUCGAGCUGGAAAAUCUGCUGCAACACACCCGCCCUGUAGAAACAGAGUGCAGUAGGACGAGACUGCUCAUAUUCACACACCGUCGCAGUUUGACACCAAAAAGCGGCUGAAAACAUGAGCAAAAUCUCGAAAUUAUUCAAAGGGAGCUCCGGCUCGAGUUCAUCGAGCUCUUCGAGGUCCAAACACCGGUCGAAGGGAGGACCUUCACCCCAAGAGGCCAUCCACAAACUCCGAGAAACCGAGGAAAUGCUGACCAAGAAACAGGACUACCUGGAAAAGAGGAUCGAGCAGGAGAUUAUGAUCGCCAAGAAGAAUGGCACCAAGAAUAAGCGAGCUGCCCUGCAGGCCCUGAAGAGGAAGAAGCGCCUGGAGCAGCAGCUCACACAGAUCGAUGGGACGCUCUCCACCAUCGAGUUCCAGAGGGAAGCUCUGGAGAACUCGCACACCAACACAGAGGUCCUGAAGAACAUGGGCUUUGCUGCCAAGGCCAUGAAGAAGGUCCACGAGAACAUGGACGUCGACAAGAUAGAUGACCUGAUGCACGACAUCACAGAGCAACAGGACGUUGCCCAAGAGAUCAGCGAGGCCAUCUCCAGACCCUUCGGCGAGACAUUUGAUGAGGAUGAGCUGCUGGCAGAGCUGGCAGAGCUGGAACAGGAGGAGAUGGAGGAGAACAUGAAGAGUAUGGGCGGACUACCCAGCGUGCCGAGCUCCAAACUGCCUUCAGCGCGGCCCAGUCAGCGCGCAACAGUGAAGAAAAGGGCUGAAGAGGAUGACGAUAUGCGUAUGCUGGCAUCGUGGGCAACUUAACUGCAUUAAGGCAGCCUCUCACCUUGAGAAAGAAACAAAAAAAAUAUGUCUUUUAUUUUAUUUUAUUUUUAUUUUGAAGGUUUCUAGGGAAAAUGAAGAGCUUUUAAAAUAGUUUUUUUUGCUUAUUGGCUUGUAAUUAAACUUUAUAUUUAUCAAAAAGGUACAUUUUUCAAGUGAAGGAAUUAACAAACUGCUUUUUAGAUUAAUGUUUCAAUGUCUUUUGUCUUCUUUUUUCCUUUCUUUCCAGUAAUCUUUCCUUGAAUUAACUACUUUCAUACAACUAAUAAAGACAUAUUGAGGAUGUGACGGUGAAGUUUUUAUCAUAUAGAGCAGAUUGCCUAACUGUUUUUCAUACAGCUGUAAAUAAAGUCAGAUUUUUCAUUAAUGUUGUAUAUAUAUUGCUACCAAUACUUAACAAUAAAAAAAGUCCCCUACA